GUUGCUUUGUCUUUAGGAUCUUGCAUCUAUUUUUUGAAUGACAAAAUGAAAAAUGUUCCAAGAGCUGCAAUAACUGGAUUUGCGGCUCUUGCUGUCGGUUGGAUUGUUGGUUCUAUUGUGGUUCCGUUGAUUCCAUCUGUUCUCCUGCAGCCAUCAUGGAGCCUUGAACUGUUUACCUCCUUGUUCUGUUAUUUCUUUUUGUUCGUCGCCUGCACUCUCCUCAAGUAAUGAAUCUACCUUGGAUGACUUAAAUUGAAGGUCGAAUCUGCAAAUUCUUACUCUUGCUAUUACGGAAAUCAUUUAGAAUUAGUUAAUUUUCAUGUCCAUGUUUUUUGCACAGUUCCAAAUUAUGUAGCCUUGAAACUAAAUAUAAUUAAUUAAUAAUUUGGAGAAAA